UAUUAAUCAGUUAAUCUUAGCUCGUUAUUUGUUUGUAGAUAUUUUAGCUAGAGCUGUUCAUUAUAAUCCAAAAAUUGAUCAAACCGGUUAAAAAAUCUUAUCUGAUUUAAAAUAACUGAUUUUUUUUAAAUGCAAUUUUUCUUAACCGUCGUUAACCAGGACCAAACCUAGUUCCUAAUUUCUCUCAAAUUGGAACUCCCAGUUCUCCAAGCUGGCGCAUAACACAUUGGUGUUCAACUCUCUCUGACUCUCUUACGCCUCUAGGGGAAGGACAUCGGCAACCUCGCAGCACCACCAAUCACUUCUGUGUAUGUGUUCCGAUGAGGUUGCUUCCUUCGCUGUAGUAGGUGUCUUCUCUGCUAGCGCAACCCUUUAAGCUUCACCACCACCGUUCAUCACUUCAUCUUUCUUCUGGGUAUGGUGUUUUUUGCUCCUUCAUACACAAUCUGUUGCCUUGGAGUUCGGGUUCUUGGGGUUUUGUAAUUGCCUUUGUCAUUUUCUUUUUCUUUUGUUUAAAUCAUAUAGUUAGAGUAAAAUUCUUAAAUUAGCAUCUUGUGUUAAAAUUAAUUUUAAUCUACCAGUUAUGCAUAGCCCUCUUCUCUACUGUGUUCUACAUUGCUUCUCACUUAGGUACCUACAUAACUGUCAUUGGUCUUCUUUGCAAUAGGUACUAACCUUUGACUUUAUUCUACUCAUUAACAUAUCUGGAAUUUUCUUUGCAUACAUUUUCACAGAGGUUUAAUCUGUAAUUCUAUAUAAUGAAAUUAUAACAACAUGGAAUUAGAAUCACUCUUGGAUAAAUAGUGACAGGAGGCAUUUUGGAUAUCAUUGGGAACUUGCAACUGAUUUGUGUAGCAUACACACUUCACAUGCAGAAUAAAAUUAGUAUCUAUUUAAACUUGAAGUCUUGAUGGUGGCUACUUAUAUGAUUAAGGAUUAUAGGAACAAAGUUGAAUCUGAGUUGACUAAUAUCUGCACUGAUAUCAUGGCUCUUAUUGAUGAACACCUUAUUCCAUCUUGUUCUGGUGGUGUACCUAGUGUCUUCUUCUAUAAGAUGAAGGGGAACUAUUAUCGGUAUCUAGCCAAAAUCAAGUAUGUUGAUAAGAGAAAGGAGGCUGCUGAUCAGUCCUUGAAAGCAUAUAAGGUUUUCUUCUAUUUAUCUAUGUGCUUUGAGGGUUCUUGAUAUUGGUUCCUUACCAUGCCGCCUUCUUGUAGUAAUUCAUUCAAUAAACCAGAGAGGUGGCAUAUUUCACUUAAAAGUUUCUCCAAGACGGAAGCCUCUGCUCAGAUGGGUAUACUGAAGUGUCUGGGACUGCCCAGGCAUCAGGUUUUCACGGCCAAAAAGUAUCUUAAUGUAUCGAGCUUCUCCUGUCUUCACACAGCACAAAAUUCCUCAGUGGAAGCUCACUCACAAGAUGAGGAUGUGGUGAUUGCUUUGGGAAGUAAUGUAGGUAAUAGGGUUCAUAACUUCAAGGAAGCCUUGAAAAUGAUGAAGAAGUCAGGCAUACAGGUCACAAGGCAUGCUUGUUUGUAUGAGACAGCACCAGCAUACAUUACUGAUCAACCUUGCUUUAUCAACUCUGCAGUUAGAGCUGUUACUAAACUAGGUCCACAUGAAUUAUUGGCUGCGCUCAAAAGAAUUGAGAAGAACCUCGGGCGAACUGAUGGAAUAAGGUAUGGUCCAAGGCCAAUCGACUUAGACAUUUUAUUCUAUGGUAAAUAUAAAGUCAGAUCUGAUAUUCUCAAUAUACCUCAUGAAAGAAUUUGGGAGCGGCCUUUUGUUAUCGCCCCUUUGGUGGAUUUACUGGGAUCAGCUAUUGACAAUGAUACAGUUGCUAGUUGGCAUUCAUUUUCGAGCCAUUCUGGUGGACUAUUUGAAUUAUGGGAAAAAUUAGGCGGGGAAUCACUUAUUGGACAGGAAGGUAUAUGUAGGGUAAUGCCUGUUGCAAAUGGCUUACUUGAUUGGUCCUUGAGAACUUCCGUUAUGGGCAUCCUUAAUUUGACCCCAGAUAGUUUUAGUGAUGGGGGGAAUUUCCCGUCUGUGGAAUCUGCUGUAUCGCAAGUUCGAUUAAUGAUUUCAGAGGGAGCAGAUAUAAUUGAUAUUGGUGCUCAGUCUAUGCGACCAAAGGCAUCUAGGAUCUCUGUUGAAGAAGAAUUAAGUAGAUUAAUCCCUGUCCUAGAAGCUGUAAAGUCAAUGCCUGAGUUAGAGGGAAAGCUCAUAUCUGUUGAUACUUUCUACUCUGAUGUUGCUUCAGAAGCAGUUAGUAGAGGGGCUCAUCUUAUAAAUGAUGUAUCUGCAGGGCAGUUAGAUCCUAAUAUGUUCAAGGUCAUUGCAGAUCUAGAUGUUCCUUAUGUUGCGAUGCAUAUGAGGGGGGAUCCAUGCACUAUGCAGAGCAGUGAAAACCUGAAAUAUGAUGAUGUUUGCAAGGAGGUGUCCUCCGAGUUAUAUUCAAGGGUUAGGCAGGCAGAACUGUCAGGAAUCCCAGCAUGGAGGAUCAUUAUUGACCCUGGUAUCGGAUUCUCAAAAAAACCUGAAGACAAUUUGGAUAUCCUCACAGGACUUCCUGCUAUCCGAGCUGAGAUUGCCAAGAGUAGCUUUGCCAUCUCUCGUGCUCCUAUACUUAUUGGACCUUCAAGAAAGAGAUUUCUAGGUGACAUUUGUUCCAGACCUUCUGCUGUUGAGAGGGAUCCUGCUACCAUUGCUUCUAUAACAGCGGGUGUUCUGGCUGGAGCUAACAUUGUCAGGGUGCAUAAUGUCAAAGAUAAUUGUGAUGCUGUGAAGCUUUGCGAUGCAAUUCUAAAACGUAAACGUUCUGCCAUGGAAUCUAGACAAUGAAUUUGUCACCAACUCUGAUGCUGAAUUCUUCUAUACAUGGACUUGGCUUUAUGCAACAAAGCCAUUGCUAAUUUUGUUUGCCAUGUCACUCGCAUCUAAAGGUCAUGUAAAACACUGACUGGAGCAGAGAAGCAUGGAGUACAAUUAAUGAAAGUGUAUGUCCAAUGGGAAUAAAGCUUACACACCCAAAAUAAUCAGCAUGUCCUUACCAGUGUUGAAUAAACUUUAGUAAUGAAGAGUGAAGAUUGCGUUUUUUCUUUUUCAGAAUAGAAAAAGUCCACCAAUAAAAAUUUAUCAUGUGCAUUAUCUUCACUCUUGACCCAAUUCUAUUCAACUAAGAAAUUCCCAUAAACCUUGGUCACUUGUAGCUUUUGAUUGACAUAUAUUUUUGGUCAUAUAUGUAAAAAAAGGAUCUGUUAUAUCCCA